AUGCCUGUAUGUAUUCCUCUUUGUUUAAACGAUUUUGCUUUAUUUUCGUCCGAAUGUAAUCUAAUGAUAUUAUAUAGAGGCGAGGCUGUAUACUAUAUGACAUUGACGAUCUCUGGUCGAGUCUGGCCAAUGACAAGCCGACUCCGCCCCGUGAAGUCUCGCGUUACUCUUUGCCACGGCACCGAGGUCACCGGCGAUCAUCAUUCUGCUGACAGCAAUAUGGACAGCUCAGAAGGACGACGACCGAAAUGUGCACGAUGUAGGAAUCACGGAGUUAUAUCGUGGUUGAAGGGUCACAAAAAACGGUGCACAUUCAAAGAGUGCGUGUGUCCCAAAUGCAAUCUUAUAGCCGAACGACAGCGGGUUAUGGCUGCUCAAGUGAGUAAAAUUUAAUAUUUUUGUAAUUGGUUACCUACAGGUUUCAAGGAUAUAUCUAGGUUUAAAAGUACAAAGUCAAUUUUAUAUUAUAAGUUUUAUAAACUCGUGUAAAAUUUCUGUUAAAUAAUUAAAAUUACUUUUCAAACAGAAUUGAACAGUAUAUGAACGUAGUUAAAAAUAUUUAAUAUUAAUAAUUUACUAUCAAAAUUAUUCAAAUAUGUUGGUAUAAUAAUACAUAGAAAUUUACUUAAUAAUUAUCAACUCUUAGGUACGUAUUGAAAUUAUAUUAUCAUUAAUAAAAAAACCAAAUUAAAAUAAUAAAUGGAUUUUUAUAUUUUUUUGUAUGAAAAAAAAUCCUAACUAAAGAAGCAAAAAAAAAAAAAAUGUUUCAAUUGCGUGUCUUCAAAUUUUUUAUCAAUACAAAAAUUAAUAAUAAUAAUAUUUAUAUUUUAAAUUUUUAAUAUAUAUAUAUAUAUAUAUAUACAUAGUAAAUAAAUAUAUAAAUACAAAUUGUAUGUAUACAAAUAAACAAAAGAAUAAAUGCGUCGCCUGGAGUAUUAUGAUAAGUGUAUUCACGACCGGUUUUGAAUUAAAAAUUAUUCAUCAGGUACAUCAAAGUCAAAAUGUAAAACGUUACUGAAUUAUCAUUUUUUUAUUUUUUAUAUUUAUUAUAUAUUUAUUUAUUUAUAUUUUUUAUAUUAUUUAAUAACCAUUUUAAUAAUUUUGGUAUACCUUAUUAUUUUAUUAUUUAUUACUAUAUAUUAUACCUACAUUAUAUCAAGUCAAAUAAGAUUAAUAAUAAAAAAAAAAAAAUGUAAGAAAAUACUAUAAUUGCAAAUAGGUAUUCACAUAUUUUAUAUUUUUAAAUAAUCAAUAAUUUAAUUUGUAUUGUGCUGAGGCUAAAAUAUAUACUUUUUUCAAAUAGUAUCAACCAAAAGCAAACAAAAAUAUAUAAACUAGAAAAUAUAAAAUACCUAUAAUUAGCUCAAAAAUGUUUUAAAAAAUUGACCACUAUAAUUUUUCCUUUUAAAAAAGAAAAUUUAAAUUAUAUGUCAAAACUUAAAGUCUCUAUGAAUAUUUUUUAUAUUUUAUAUUUUUAUUUUUAAUGUUUUUCAACAAAAAAAAACAAAUUUAAAAAUAAUAAAGUAUAAUUUUCGUAAAAUUUUCCGUUAUUCUUUCUCGAUAUUGUUCAAUUAUUAAAAAAACCAAACGGAAAAUCAAAAUAGGUUUUUUUUUAUACAUCAACAAGAUUAAAAAUGAAACAAAAAAGGUCUUUUGAAAUGUUUUGGUAAAAGCAGGAUUUCUAGUAGAAAAUAUAAUUCGAAGAAAUAAAAAAUAAUAAAAUCGUAAUGUCGUAAAUUUGUUAGGUUUCAUUUUAUGUAUUUUCUUGGUUUUUCUAAUUAUUAUGAAAUUAUUGGAAAAUCAAAGUACGACUUUUUCACUAAUCAACUUGACCUUAAAUGCAAUUAAAAAGGUCUUUUGUCAUUUUUCGAUUGGUGCAAAAUUUUUGACCGAAAAGUUGUCAUAACAUAAAUCGAAGUAAAACCAAUAGAUACCUCCCUUCGCUCAGAAUAUAAAAACAAAUUAGAAAAGUCCACUCCUAGAGUCCACUCUAGAUCGUAGAAAUUUCCUGGUUUCUAAAGUAUUUUACAUUAUUAAACAAUCAACUAUAAUUCCGUUUACAAUUUUGAAAGAAUUUUGUAAUCUAGUUUAAUAUUAUGCUUAUGUGUAGAAACCUAAAUACUCGUAAAUUUAAUGUCUUUAUACUUCGUAAUUAGUUGAUAAGACAUUUUCAAAAUUUUUAGUGUACUUAUUUUACAUUCAGAGCGUAGCUAUGAUGUGUAUUUUAGAUUCGAAGCGUAGCGAGUGAUGUGCGUGUUUUUAUUUUUUAUAUCUGUGAUCAACUUUUCUACCAAAAAACUAGCUCUGAAGUGACGAGUGUAGCAUCUUUUCUGAAAGGUAAUUUUAUCUAGUUGGUGCAUUGAGUAGGUAAUUUUUUGAUUGUUUAAGGGGAUUUCAAAAAUUAAUGGGAAAAAUCCAAAAAAAAAUUAUAGAUACAAUGGUAAAUAUUUACGUAAGGCCGCGGCGUUACCAUUUCAAUAUUUUUACGGCUUAUGUUUUUGACAAAAAAUAUUUCUACAGUUGAAAAACGACAAAAAACAUUUUUUGUUUCAUUUUUAAUCUAAUUUAAGAGUAAGUAAUUUCUUUCUUGUUUUUUUUUUUUGCGAGUUUUUGUAAAAACUGAUAAAACCCGGAAAAUGAAGAAAAAUGAAAACUGACAAAUUACGUCGUUACGAUUUUAUUAUUUUAAAUUUUUAAGUUUUUCGUUUUCUAUCAGAAAUGUUGCUUCAAUAGAGAACAAAAAAGAAAUAUUUUUUGUUUAAUUUUUAAUUCAGUUAGUGAUUGAGAAAAUCGUUUUUUUUUAUAUAGUUUUUUUAAUAAUUGAGCAAAACUGAAAAAUACGUAAAAAUUCGGGAAAAUUUACGAAAAUAAUUAUAACAUUAUUUAAUUUUUUUUUUUUGAAACGUUAAGUUAAAAAUAUUCGUAGAAAGUUAAAUUUUGACAGAAAACUUAUAUUUGCUUUUUCUAGAUUUGAUAAAAUUUUGCAUUUGAGCCUGUUUUGAGCUAUUUAUAGACAAUUCAAUUUUGCCAUUUUUUACGUAAUUUUAUUUGUUAGGUACUUUGUGGAUAAAAUUGUUAUAUUGAACAGAAAUGCUUGACAAAUUGAUAGGAGGUUUAUUAUAAGUCACACUUAAUGGAAAAAAAAAAAAUGAAUUGUCAUGUAUUAUUAUUAUUAUUUUUUAAUACGAGUUUUAAAAUCAAAUUUUGACAAAAAUCGUGAAAAUUACGGUUUUUCUAAACAUAACCGAAUUUUGCCCCGAAUUGUUUUUCGUUAGCAACGGUUUAUCGUUAGUUACAGGUAUAAAUUAAUUUUUUUUUUAAAUAUCCUAUUUUUCUAACUACCCACCUACAACAGUGGCCACACCCGUUCCCAGUAUCAGCUUUUUUUUUUUUAAAAUAUUUGCUUAUAUAGGUAUAAGUUGGGUAGUUGACAGUCUGCAAAGACCGGUUGUCUGUCAUUCAUCUCGCUGCACUUAAUAUAAGCUCCAUUCCGAAAUCUGAUUAUUAACAUAUUAUUUAAGAUGUAUUAAUAUUGAUAUUUUUUUUCUAAUACUAAUAUCUUAUAAUAAUAAUGAUACGAAUAAAAUCUAUCCCAACAAUUAUGUCAAUCUACCAGUAACUAUACGGGCGGAUGGGCUUAACGGGUUUAUAAGUCGUUCAAAUGUUCACAUGUAGGUUUUGAAACCUUAACAACUGUAUUAUACGAGUGUAUAGUUAUUUAUAAUGGUUUGAAUUAAACAUUUAAAUUGUAAAUUUAAUGACUUAUUAUACAUUAAUAUGAAAUUUAAAAAAUUGAUUUUAAUAUAUUUAUUUUUUUUUACCGAGGAUUGGGUAAUUCAUUUUUUAAGUUAUGUAAACUAUUUAUUGCUUUAGAAUAGACAAGUUAAAUUUACUUUUAAUUUUAAACAUUUACCUCUUAAACCUAUAUAAACAAUAAUUGUUUGUUAUAAAUUAUUAUAAAUUAUACACAUAUUAUAAUAUCGCCUAUAUAAUAACAGAUUACACUUAUUAUCAAUUUUCAAUAAAAUUGCACAUUUUAUAUUAUACAAAAAUAUCUAAUAGUAAUGGUUUAAUUUAAAGGUUGCGUUAAAAAGACAACAAGCUGCUGAAGAUGCCAUAGCAUUGGGAUUGGCCUCUGUUACUUCUGGGACGAAAUAUGGAUGUUUACCUCAAGGUCCCAUCUUUGGAAUGACUGUCCCGACUUCGAAAUCUCCUGUCGGUAUGUAAAUAUUAAUUUUAAUAAAUAUUAUAGAGACGGGAUACAAACCUAUUAAAAUUCAUUUUUUUUAGCUAAAGAAGAAACUCCUCGUCCCGAAGAAAAUCUGACAGUAACUUCUCAGACAUCAGCUGACGGUGCUGCUAAAGGAGUGCAGGUACCGCCGGGUUCUCUCGAUUUGCUUUGCCGGUUAUUUCCGGAGAAAAAACGGUCGGUUCUAGAGCUGGUACUCCGUCGAUGCGAACAUGACUUAUUGAAGGCUAUCGAGCAUUGCGUUCCUUUGUGCAAAUCUUUGACCGCUAAUCAAAAAUCUCGAAAGUCCAGUGGUGCCGGUAAUUAUAUUUGAUAAAUCAUUAUAUCUUAAGCUAUUGCAUAUUUACGGUUAAUUUUAAAUCGAAUCGAUAUUUUUUUAGAAAAAAUUGAUACACCACCAACUGCUACCAUUGGUUCUGCUUUUAUGCCUUGGGGUUUGCAUCGUGAACCACCGGUAGCUCAUCAAAACGCUCGACGGCAGCUGGCCACAAGAUUAACUUAUCAUCAUGUACCAGAACCGACUACAACGUUAUUUCACCAUUUUAGGUAAGAAUCGAGGUUAGCAAAAUUAUGCUGAAUUUGGAAAAUAAUUUAUUGAGCAUAUUAUUUACUGAUCUGUAUUCGUGAUUUUUAAAUUUCUGAGUAAUGUUUUAUAAUAUUUAUUAGUAGUAGUAGUAGUAGUAGUACUUUUGUUGGUUGUUUUAAAUAUUUAUGUUUAUAUAAUCCAGUAGAUUUUGGAGGAAAUUAGUUAGUAUUAUAUAAACUACCAACCUAUUGUUUUUGAUUAAAUUUAGCAAUUGUGUAUUUUCUGCUAAUUUUUUUCUUAAAACUAAAGAGUAAUUUAAUAAUUAGUUAUGUUAAAGUUAAAAAUAUUUAAUCGGAAUCGAAAUAAUUAUAGUAUUAUGUAUCCAAAUUUCAUAAACAUUUUUUUUUAUUUUAAUACAAGUUGAAUUCAACAAAUAAAUAGGUCAUUUUUUUUUUAUUUGAUUAGAAGACAAUAUUUAUACCUAUGUAUAGAAAUAAAGAGUUGAAUUAUUAAAUUAAAUUAAUUUUUUUCAACAGGACACAGUCUACAGGAGUCUCAUGCGGACCGCCGUUUUAUUUGCCGCCGUUUUUACUGGAAUCAGCAGAGUCGUGCCAUGUAGCCAACUGUGCAGAAUGCGCAUCAGCUGCAGUUCAACAGAUAUAAAUAUUGAAGUCAUCAUUUUCGUUAAUAUUUUAACUACACGUA